GCGUUGCGAUUGAUUUCUUAUACCUUCAUAGACUUUAUCACUGACCUUCACUAACUCCCUCUUCAACCCUCCUCAUCCUUCAUUGCUAAGUUGCAUUCUAGCAACAUGUCCUCAGACAAAGCCGAUAUCAAAGGCCGUCGGGAUCAAGUCGAACCCACCAGCGACGUGAAUGUGCUGCACCGCAGGCUGAAUGAAGACCCACGCUUCAACCCACCCACACCUUCCUUCUGGAAACGCAUUGCACUCGUCAUCACGGUUUUCUUUCUCUUCUGGGUUGCUUAUUCCAUUCGGACACCUCUCUAUGCACGCCCACCCAAGGAGACUGUCGUUCAUGCUAAUAGGUACUCGAAGGAUUACAAAUUCCGACCUGCUGCUAGCCCCAUUAUCACGGAGAAGCUGAAGGACGGUCGAAUGAGGGUGAGAGGUGCUCAGCCUACCUUCCGGUAGAGGUCCAUAGUUCCCCGCUCUUUCUUCAUAGACGGAUUUUGUGCCUUAUCUUGGACUGUUUCGGACAACCAUUCCCUUUUGAUCUCACUCGUUUACUUCGUAUAUUAAUUAGUCCGGCCUUUACAUUCAUGACAUUUCAACUUCGCUGUUUUUACGCACGCUGUACGUAUCGACAUUGUUACGAUAGCGUUAUUGGAAAUAGGUCACAUUCAGCUCCAGAAGAAACUCGGUGUGUUUUCAUACAUUCUUUGCUCAAUUCAGUGUAUUGUAGGCCACUGCCGAAGUUCCUCUUCUGCAGUAGUUGGACCGCACAGUGCUCAUCGCAGUCACAUUGGGACCCUGCUCUCUGUAACACCUUCUAUGUAACCCGAAGUAUGCUGUUAGGCUUACCAUCAUGAAC